CCCCUCCAAUUUCGGUGUUAUUUACUCCCUCAAGCCAACGAAUUCGUCCAAAUUUUCCUCUAAAUUAAAGUUUGUUCAUCCAUCUCCAUCUUAACUAAUCCUCAAAAAAAUACCGAACGAAAUCAUUUAUUCAUUCUUUCAAUGAAACGCCCGGUUCCUCCAUUGUCCACGGUUCGUGCAGAUCCACCAUCAUCCCCACGAUACCCUCCCCCCGUCACCACUCCCACCACCGGUGCCCAACGCCGUAUCGCGAUCGCUGUAGACCUCAGCGACGAAAGCGCCUUCGCGGUUCAAUGGGCUGUCCAGAACUACCUUCGUCCUGGAGACGCAGUCAUCCUCCUCCAUAUCCAGCUCACCUCCGUCCUCUACGGCGCAGAUUGGGGCCAUGCAAUGGACGUGGUGGAAAACCCAUCGAAAGAAACAAGACAGAAACUCGAGGAUGAUUUCGACAACUUCACGACCACGAAAGCCAACACAUUGUCUCAACCGUUGGUGGAGGCGAACAUUCCUUUCAAGAUUCACAUUGUAAAGGACCAUGAUCUGAAGGAAAGGCUUUGUUUGGAGGUGGAGAGGCUUGGACUAUGUGUUAUGAUCAUGGGUAGUAGAGGGUUUGGUGCUACAAAGAGAAAGGGUAAAGGGAGGCUUGGAAGUGUAAGUGAUUAUUGUGUACGUCAUUGUGUUUGUCCUGUGGUUGUGGUUAGAUAUUCUGAUGAAGAUGUUGAUGCGGAGGUGGAUAGUGCAAAGAAGGGAUCGGAGGAGGAACCAGUGUUUCAUGAUGCUGAUGAUCAUGAUCCAAAAGAAGUCUCGAACAAGUAGCAUAUGUCCCCUUGCUUCAGUCUGACGGGCUCAUCAAAUAGGUGGCAUAUGUCGCUAACAAGUAGCCACAGUUUCUCAUGCAAGGGCCAAGAAAUUAAGAGUAAUCGUUUAAUAUAUGUUUCUCUCAGUUGUCUAGAUAAGAUGCAAUUCUCAUUGGUGUUGUAUUUGUGAAUUUAGAGAAGUUUAAGCCUUGAUGCUAUGUAUUGGUUUUGAUCUGCUACAUUUGAAUCACAAAUAAAAAUACAUAU